CUUCAUGUGGCUGCUAGUGUGUCUUCAGACCGUCAGGGUGAGGGGUGCGUGUCUCUCUCUCUCUCUCUCUGUAUUCCUGUUUAUAUUCGUCUGUCUGUGUCUGUCUGUCUGUUUGUCUCUGUCUGUCUGUCCGUCUGUUUUUAUAUUUGUUUCUCUUUCUAUCCAUUUGUGUUUAUCUAUCUAUCUAUGCAUCUAUCUAUCUAUCUAUGCAUCAAUCAAUCUAUCUAUCUAUCUGUGUAUCUGUCUAUUUAUCUAUCUAUCUAUCUAUCUGUCUAUCUAUCUAUCUAUCUAUCUAUCUAUCUAUCUAUCUACUACCCAUCUACCUAUGUAUCUAUCCAUCUAUCUACCUACCUAUCUGUAUCUACCUACCUAUUUAUCUAUCUAUCUAUCUACCUGUCUACCUGUUUACCUGUCUGUCUAUAUGCUUAUUCACCUGUCUUCCUUACACCUUCUCUCUCUCUCUCUCUCUCUCUCUCUCUCUCUCUCUCUCUCUCUCUCUCUCUCUCUCUCUCUCUCUCUCUCUCUCUACAGAUUGGACCGAAUGAAAACCAUCCUGGGCGUGUGGGCGUGGGCGUGGGCGUGUAUGGGUGUGACCUGCGUGGACGAGGACCCUACCUGGACGACCCCAGUGACCUUAGAGAUGGAGGGCGUGGUGCUACAUGGCGGGCAGGACGCGGCCAUGUGCGUGGACCUCAAGCCGCGAGAGGGCGUAGGCGGCGUGGAGGAGGGCGUGGCGGUGUGUGUGAGGGUGAGGGUACACAAGCUGGAUCCCCUGGCCACCCUGCUCACCCUGACGCGGCCCGCCCCCUCUCCCUCUCCCUCUCCCUCUCCCUUUCCCUCCCUGGUCGUGGAGGUGGGUCACCUGGGGCUGUGGGUCGCCACUGCAAAGCGAGGAGACGCGCCGCCCACCAUCUCCUUCUUCGAGCCACGCCUGCCCCCAGGGGUGUGGCGCCACCUGUGUGUACAACAGCGCCCAGCGGCAGCCAGCCGCGGCGUGGCGGCGAGGGACACACUGGCGACGCCGCGGCCCGCGGGGGAGCAGGACGGCCCCCGCUGCUUUGUGGACGGGGAGGAAGAGGAGGUGGUACCUGUGGCACCCUCCCCGGGGCCCGAGGAUCGCUGCGGGGGGGACCCCAACAGCUGCCCAGGGAGCGUCUCGCCAGCAGAGAACACCACCGCCAGGGCAGGCCUGUGGAGGCUGUGUGUGGGCGGCGGGCGGCGUCCCGUGCAGGGGCAGGUGGCUGACCUGCGGGUGUGGCCAGGGAAGCUGGGGGCUGAGGAGCUGCGGGACGCCUCCCGCUGCCCGGGACGCCCGCCUCCCUCUCAGGCCCUGCAGGUGGCUGGGGAGUGGCUGCCCCAGGGCGGUGCCGCGCCCGCCACCUUCCCCCUGCGGCAGGUGUGCGGUGCGGCGCCGCGCCUCGUGUUGGUGCGACCCGCCGGCACAUUCCGCGGCCACGGCGUGGUGUGCGCCGCCCUGGGCGGAGCCGUGCCCUCCGCCGCCGUGCUGGCGCCCGCCCUCGCCACCACGCUCGCGAGCCACAACGAGUCGUGCCGGGGUCCCGCGGGGCUGCUCUCCUGGGUGGGCGGCAGUCCCGUGGGCGGCACGGCGGCAGAGGAGACCUGCCCCGCCCUGACGGCGGGCGGCGCGGCGCAGGCGGCGUGCGUGCGCCAGCUGCCGUGCUCGGUGUGCACCGUGCCGCACGCCGCGCUGUACCGCCUGUACGGCCACGACGGCAGCCUCUUCGACCACACUUUCUUCCUGCAGGCGGAGGGCGGCCGCCUCGCCUUCCGCGGCGCCGGCGGGUCGCGGCUGGAGCGGGAUGGCGAUGGCUGGCGCCUGGUGUCGGAGCUGCACGGGCGCCGCUGGACACUGGCUGAUGCGCCCGUGCCGGUGGGACGCCGUCUGUGGACGGAGGGCGCCGCGCAGACGGUGCUGGCGCUGACCGUGUGCCGCAGCGGACAGUUCUGCUGCAGCGACGGCCAGUGCGUGGCGCAGACGGCGCGCUGUGACUACAUCGUUCACUGCCGCGACCGCUCUGACGAGGCGGACUGCAGCGUGGUGGUGCGGCCCCAGGGAUACGACCCCUACUACCCCCCGCCGCCGCGCCCGGGGGAGGAGCCGCCCCUGGACCUGCCCUACCACAUCGACGUGUACUACCUGAGUGACGUGACCACGGAGCGGGCGCGCGCCGGCAUGGACGUGGGCGUGACGCUGUUAUGGUACGACCCGCGCCUCAAGUUCCUCAACCUUAAGCCGCACAUCAAGAACUACUUCCCCUGCGACCUGGUGUGGACGCCGCUCGUGCGCGCCGUGGCGGGGCUCGGCCCGGGCUUCAUCCUCAAGACGGACGACUAUGAGAAGUUCUGCUACGCCUACGCCAGCGACGAGCUCACGGCGCGGCCCCUCGCCGACCCCUUCAUGGGUCACCACGCGGAGGGCACGACACACGCGGUGGAGGUGUACCUGGGCGUGCUGGCGUGGCUGCCGUGCCGCUUCCGCCUCUACACGUAUCCGUUUGACGAGCAGCUGUGCAACAUGUCCUUCGUGAUGUCCAACGCCCCGGGCACUCGCGCCUUCACCAAGUCCUCGGCAGGCCGCUUUGUGCCCUACCUCAACGCCCGGCGCGUGCUGCUGGAGUACGAGGUGCACGCCCUCACCACGGAGGUGGGCUCCUUCCUGCAGGGCACAGACAACAACACCUACUUCGCCCUCACCUUCCACCUGCAGCGCCUCUACGGCUACCACAUUACCAACAGCUACUUCCCCUCGCUGCUCAUGUUCUUCAUCUCCUGGGCCACCUUCUUCUUCCAGGUUGAUGACUUCACAAACCGCAUCAUGAUCGCCCUGACGGCACAGCUUGUGUUGGCAGCGCUGUUCACCUCCACCACAGAGUCCUCCGUCAGGACGCCCUACCUCAAGCUGAUUGACGUGUGGUACGCCGCCGUCAUCACCUUCUGCUUCGUCAUCGUCAUCUCCCAGACAGUCAUCAAUAUGGUGCUGCACGCCUCGUCCUCCUCCUCCUCUUCUUCCUCGUCCUCCUCUUCGUCCUCCUUGUCUUCUUCGUCUGUCGUCAAAAAGCUCGCAGUCUCGCACCGGCUGAUCAAAGUACAACCCUUUACCAUCCUUCCUUAUUCUCUUACUGACCCUGACGACCACCACCACCACCACCACCACCACCACCACCACCACCACCACGACCCCACCAUCAAGAGGGGCACGAUUCUGGACGACUUUAAGCUGCCUGGACUGGAUAGAGCAAUUCGGUGGAAUUCUAUAAUGCGUGUGUCCAUCCUAUGUGCUUCUGGCGUGUUUCUUUUGUUUUAUUUGAUGGUGUGUAGUGGUGUGUUUAGGAUCCCUGGGAGCUUUACCAUUGAAUCUGAGUGAGUGUGUGUGUGUGUGUGUUUGUGUGUUGGGUGCGAUAAGGUGUGUUUGUGCGUUUGUGUUUUUGUUUGUUUUCGUUUUGUUUAUUUCAUUUUUUUUCUCUCUGUUUCUCUUCUUGUUUUCUUUUUUUAUAGUUUAUUUCUUCUUUUUCUUAUUGUUUUCUCUUUUUUUUUCCUCUUCUUCUUUCGAGAGUCGUGUUUACUCUAUUUUCUUCACCUUUCAAGAGUUGUGGUGGUGGUGGUGGUGCUUGCGAUGGUGGUGGUGGUGGAGGUGGUGGUAGUGUUGGUGGUGGUGGUUCUAAUCCUAUUAUGGAUCGCAUAGAAAACGACGUGAAGGGAUUUGAGCAACAAUGGUGGCAGCGGUGGGAUUCUUACUGUCUCGCCUCACUCUUGAAUAUAAAUUGUCACGUAUUCCUCCUCCUCCUCCUCCUCCUCCUCCUCCUCCUCCUCCUCCUCCUCCUCCUCCUCCUCCUCCUCUUCCUCCUCCUCUUCCUUCAGGCUUAUACAAGUUAUUAAUAAGCUUACCUGUAUUAUUUUCUUUUCUUUCUUUUCCUUCUUUCUUUCUUUCUUUGCUUAUUUUCUUUAUUAUUUGUUCAUUUGUUGUUUAUACAUAUAUAUUUUUAUUUAAUGGAGAUGUUAUUGUUGUUUCUAUGUAUGUGUGGUUUCUCUCUCUCUCUCUCUCUCUCUCUCUCUCUCUCUCUCUCUCUCUCUCUCUCUCUCUCUCUCUCUCUCUCUCUAACCCAUUCACUCUUUUCUUUCUUUUUUUUUAUUUGCACACAUUCCUCCUCCUC